AGUUUCCUAGCGCCGCUUCAGUUCGUCAUUGGUAAGUGUCCCGAAAGCAUCGUUAAAGUUUCGAGUGUCAAACAAGGCAACAAAUACUCGUGAUUUCUCCUUAUUUUAUUUAUUUUCCAUUAUAAAUAAUGAGAAUCAGCAAAGAGAUCGACAUUUAUCAAAACAAAGAUGUUGUCUCGACACGAAAAGGACGUAACAAAAAAGAGAAGACGAUGUACACUUGCAGUGGUUGCAAAUACGAAAGCCCUCGACAAUACAACGUGCAAAGGCACAACGAAAGGAUUCAUUUGAGGCAAAAAUUAAACAUUUGUUGCGGCGAAACUUUCUUCACCAAAGGAGACUAUUACGUCCAUUGCGAGCUGUGCCAUCCAGAGUCGCGAACUCACGCGAUCACAUCGAGGACGAAGUACAAAAUCGUGAACAACGACGUGUUGCCGGCCGAUCAACACUGUUCCAAGUGGCCGAGGCAAAUAAUGGGGAAAUCGUACAACAUGAGAUUGAGAUCGUCGAACAGUAUCCGUAAGAACGAUCACGUAGAGGAGUUGAGAACGAAAGUAAGCUACGAGUAUUCGGUGAGUUGCAGAGAGUUCGAUAUAGAGAACAUACCUUUGAUAAGUUUCAUCACCGAUCCACGAUUGAAGUCCCGAUGGUUGGAGCGUUUGUCCACCGCCUCGAGCGCGAUCGACAGAGCGAUGCCCGAGAAGGACGAGGCGAGUGAAACGGUGAAGAUCGAGAUCUCGUCCGAGCAAAACAUCGAAAAGACCGUGUCCACGAGCGAGGAAGAGAACGUGAAACGGACGAAAGUUUCCGACUCCACUGUUUCGUCCUUCUCGCUCGAGUUGCCCGCGAAGAAGCUUAUUUUGCACCGGUUCAGAUCGAGCGUGCGCGAAUUCGAGAUACCUUUGCGAGAACAGAACAAUAAUAAUAAUAAUAAUAACGGUCAAAGGGAAUUGGCGGAGAGAACGGUUAAAAGUGUCAUCCCCUCCGCGCGGCAGAGAAGGGAUAGGAGGUGCAAACUCGAGGGUAGCAAUAAGGAGAAUCUGUCGAAUUUUUCCUUCAGUAUGGAGCAACAGUUAAACAUUAAGUUGGAUACGGGGAUCACGGUGCCGAUGGCCACUCAAGCCCACAGAGAUUUCCUGGCAGCUAUCGAUUUUGACAAAUUUAAGAUAUUUUGAGAAUUUUUGAGAGGGGGGGAUUGGAGAAC